AUGAACCCAUUUUUUCUAGCCCCUGGACAGGAGUGUGCACUGGCCAUCGAAGAAAAUGGAAACUCUGCCAGUGAUGCCUGGAAGAAGAUGAAUCCCAGAAAGACCAUGACCAUAUAUGACAUUCCAGGCCUUGUCAAAACCUUCCAGGAGCCACGACACCCACCAAUGCACAGGCUGGGUUCAGCUGACACACUGGCCUUGCCAGCUGCCUCCCAGGCCAUCUCUUCAGCCACCACUCAGGCCACUGUAACCACUGAAGAGCAUACUGAAGAGCAAAACCAAGCUGAUGACUGCCAGAUGCCCAGCAGCGCUCAUGAGAGCCACCCUCUGUCUGUGAACACUGACAUAAGCAUUUACCUAUGCUGUUUUCCUUGUAGGGAGUUUGCGCGUUGGAAGGUGAGGAACACAGCCAUCGAGAGGAGGGACCUGAUCCGGAACCCCGUGCCACUUAUGCCGGACUUCCAGCGCAGUGUUCGGUUGCUAGGGCGACGACCCUCCACUCAGCAGUUCAUUGACACCAUCAUCAAGAAGUAUGGAACCCACAUCCUCAUAUCCGCCACCUUGGGAGGCGAGGAGGCGUUGACCAUGUACAUGGCCAAGAACAAGCUGGACAGAAAGCUGGUCAACGCCACUCAGAAUGUGGAGGCCCUGCACCAGCUGGCAUCCUCCUACUUCAUCGACCGAGAUGGCACCAUGCGGAAACUCCAUGAGAUCCAGAUCUCCACCAAUGCCAUCAAGGUGACAGAGACUCGUACGGGCCCGCUGGGAUGCAGCAGCUAUGAUAAUCUGGACUCAGUGAGCUCCGUCCUCCUGCAGAGCCCAGAGAGCAAACUCCAUCUGCAAGGUCUCCAGGUCAUCUUUCCAGAGUACCUCCAGGAGAAGUUUGUCCAGUCAGCUCUGAGCUACAUCAUGUGUAACGGGGAGGGGGAGUACGUCUGCCGGAACAGCCAGUGUAUCUGCAUGUGUUCUGAUGAGUACCCACAAUGCAACUGUCCCAUCACCGACAUCCAGAUAAUGGAGAACACCCUGCUGGGACAGGCGGAGUCAUGGGCAACCUCUUACAAGGACUUUGAGAACUCAGACGAGUUUAAGUCGUUCCUGAAGAGGCUGCCCUCCACCCACUUCCUGCCGGUCAGCAGUGUCCACCUCCUGUGGGGCAGUGACUGGGACCUGCAGGCCCGCUACCGCCUGCUCCAGAGCUCCCUGGAAACCCAGAGGCUCAAGAUCCAGCGUACUGCCCGCAAGCUCUUUGGCCUCAGCAUCCGCUGCCACCACAACCCCAACCACCAGAUGCCUAGGGAGAGGUCUGUGAUGCAGUGGCUAAACAGGGUCCAGUCCUUCCUCUACUGCAAUGAGAAUGGUUUCUGGGGGACCUUCCUGGAGAGCCAGAGGACGUGCGUGUGCCACACGGGUGUCACCCUAUGCCAGAGACCCAUCCCAUGUAUCAUCGGGGGCAACAACAGCUGUGCCAUGUGCAGCCUGGCCAACAUCUCACAGUGCGGCUCCUGCAAUAAGGGCUACAAGCUGUACAGAGGCCGCUGUGAGCCCCAGAACGUGGACUCUGAGCGCAGCGAGCAGUUCAUCAGCUUCGAGACCGACCUGGACUUCCAGGACCUGGAGCUCAAGUACUUGCUCCAGAAGAUGGACUCGCGUCUCUACAUCCACACUACCUUCAUAAGCAACGAGAUCCGCCUGGAGACAUUCUUCGACCCACGGUGGCGCAAGCGCAUGUCCCUGACCCUGAAGAGCAACAAGAACCGGAUGGACUACCUCCACAUGAUUAACGGGCUGUCCAUGAAGAUCUGCCAGAUGCGCAACAGCAGCAUCGACCCCAUGUUCUUUGUUUACGUUAACCCGUUCAGCGGCAGCCACUCGGAGGGUUGGAGCAUGCCCUUUGGUGAGCACGGCUACCCGCGCUGGGAGAAAACAAGGCUGGGGAACUCCCAGUGCUUCAACUGGACCCUGCUGCUAGGCAACCGGUGGAAGACGUUCUUUGAGACAGUGCACAUCUACCUACGAAGCCGAGCCAAGGUGCCCACCGGGCUGCGCAACGAUACGGGCCACGGCCCCGUUGAUUUGUCCGAUCCCAACAAGCGCCAGAUCUACAUCAAGAUCUCCGACAUCCAGGUGUUUGGUUACAGCCUGCGCUUCAACGCCGACCUGCUCCGCAGCGCCGUGCAGCAGGUGAACCAGUCAUACACACAGGGGACUCAGUUUUACUCCUCCUCCUCUGUCAUGCUCUUGCUACUGGACAUUAGGGAGCGGAUUAACCGCCUGGCCCCUCCAGUGGCGCCCGGGAAACCCCAGCUGGACCUGUUUUCCUGUAUGCUGAAGCACAGGCUCAAGCUGAACAACAGCGAGAUGAUUCGGGUCAAUCACGCCUUGGACAUGUACAACACAGAGAUACUGAAACAAUCAGAUCACCUGACUACCAAACUCUGCUGAGAUACAGUAAACAAACAAACAAACAAAAAGAAGAUCAAACAGAUACUAAAAGUAGAACUGUUUGGGAAUAUUCCUUUUUAUUUAGUUCUCUCUUUUUUUUCUUUUUGGACCUUUUUGUUCUGCCUUUUGAUGUAAUAUUAACAACUUUGUAAGUGUAAUUGUUAAAGAGAUCUCCAAAACAUUGAUGAAGCCUUUUAGUUGGAUAAAGAAGAAGAUUCAUGGAAACCACUUUAAAGACUGUACCAUAUUUGUUCCAGCAUGUCUGUCAUUUCCUAAAAUAGCAUAAAAAGAGUAUAAGAAAAAAAUGAAUCCAUCUUCUGGUGACAAAGAGGCCUUUAUUUUACUCUAAGGGAACAAAGGCUAUAUCUGAAACUGCCAUUCUUUACUAAGUUAAACCUUUUUAGUCGCAUUAGGGCAGACCAGAUAUCAUCCUUUUAUUUCAGUGAAUAUGCUUUGUCAAUAAACAAAAUAUUGCAAAUAUGUAAAAGGACAGGUUAAUACAGUAUGAAGGCAUUUAUACAUUUUAAGGGUUAAAUAACCUAGCAAACUGUAAGCUGUAAGCAUUAGCUAUAUAUUCUCUUUGAAAAAUUGAUAAUCCAUGACAAGUCUGCAUACCGUUCUUUGUGUAAUAAGGUAUAAGGCAGCGGAUAGUCAUUUCAUGUCAAAUAACGGAAGCCAGCUGUUUAUAUACUGUAUGUGUAUACCUUUAUUUCGCCUGAUGCUUAUUGAUGUUCGUUAAUUGAAUGUGUCAUUUGAGAGUGAGUGAAUCCAGUCAAAGCUAAAACUUGUCUUUAGGCGCUACCUCCCAUGUUUGAAAUUCUACCUGCAUUUCUCAUGAGGUGGUUUCUUCUGGUGCCUGAGUAUAAUAUUGUGGUCUGAAGAUGAACAAUCAAUGCUAUUUCGUACAGCUUUGCAAAACGUACACCUUGUGACUGCUGAUGUGUCAAGCUUUACGGCACAUGGAUCAUUAACGUACAUCUGGAACAGACACCAUAAAAGCCAUACAUUUCCCUGAGUACACAGAAGACAUGGAAAAGCCCCCCAUACAUUUCCCUGAGUACACAGAAGACAUGGAAAAGCCCCCCAUACAUUUCCCUGAGUACACAUAAGACAUGGAAAAGCCCCCCAUACAUUUCCCUGAGUACACAUAAGGCAUGGAAAAGCCCCCCAUACAUUUCCCUGAGUACACAUAAGACAUGGAAAAGCCCCCCAUACAUUUCCCUGAGUACACAUAAGACAUGGAAAAGCCCCCCAUACAUUUCCCUGAGUACACAUAAGACAUGGAAAAGCCCCCCAUACAUUUCUCAAAAACAUGAAGAAUGUCCCAUUUGUGUUUUUUAUGUUGUUGUUAUUUUUCCCCCAAUUCAUUUGAAAUAGCACAGUGGACAGAGAGAGUAUAUUCUGUGGGAUUAUGGGAUGACAUUGUAAAGUCAUUGGAUUUCUGUUAAAUAGAGUGAACCCAGAUGAGAAACAGAUGAGAAAUAUAAAAGCUUCAAAUACUUCUGUUGAUUUUAAUCUUUAUUUUCUUAAUGCCACGUUGGAUCUUAACUUUCCAUGCAAAACAGAUGUUAACCCUCAGAAACAAGGUGGUUCAAUAUUUCUAGUCAUACUUUAUUCAAAGCACCGGCAUGAAAUAUGUUUAUAGCUAUAUAUAGCUACAGAAUUGAACAUAAUUUCAAACGUCAUACUAUCUCAGAAGCAUCAAAGAACACUACCUAUAUUAUUAUUAAGUGCCUGUUACCUAUCCCUUUCAAAUACUUAGAGGAGGGAAAUUGCUCUUAGUUUAGUUACAGUACAAACAUUAAAAUACAAGAUAGACAUUCAAAGGAAUUUAGCAACUCAGACCAUAUCAAUGCAGAUCUGUCGCUCAUCUCAGCCUGAGAUACAUGUUUUCUACCUAAAGGCCGGCUGUUUUGUGCAUGUGGGAAAAUUAACCAUCAGUAAGAGAUUGAAGUCUCAAUUUCCUGACACUGUCUCUCCUAUGUACAUUAUACCUGUAAAUAGAAACAUUGUGUUGGAAUAGUUAUAACAUCAAAGACAUAAUGAAUUAUAGUAAUUUCAAGAGAACUAAAGAGGCCAUUAUUACUGAGAAUAACCACAAUUACUGUUGGUGUACCUUGCACAAAUUACAAUUACACUCCAUUCUCAAGUUAUUUACUUCAUUAUGAAUCACAGAGAGGAAUGGUAAUUUCUGACUGUUUUGAUAAAAGUAUAUGAAAUAUACAAUAUGAAAUGAGUUCGUUUUGACCACUGCAUACAUGAAACAAGCACACAUUAGCUCUAUCAGCAUAACAUCACUGCAAUGUUCCAUGGAUACAUUUGAAGAUACAGCUCCUAAUACCUUGCAUAUGUCAUUUUUGCUGUUAUUUUGACAUCAUUAUAUCAGCUUAUUUCAAAUGAAUGUUUCAUAUAAUAAUCUAUUUCUCAUUAAAAGGCUAUAUUUAAUAAGAA